AAACACCUCACAGGAAGCAGUCAGAGUGUGUGUGCAGUUUACUGAGCGUGCUCGGUUCCUCCCAGUAAUGAGAGUAAAUGUUUAACUGAAGAGUUUGUUUCGUCCUUCAGGAGCCGGAGACUCGUGCAGCAUGAGUUCAGCAGGAGGAUCAUCCCUGCAGGUCCACGCGAUCCGGGUCGGUCCGGGUCAGGAGCUGUUGGGAUCUCUGCAGGCGUUUGUGGAGGAGAGGCGCCUCCGAGCGCCGUUCAUCAUCACCUGCGUGGGCAGCGUCACCAAGGCGACGCUCCGGCUCGCCAACGCCACGGCAACAAACACAAACGAGGUGAUCCACCUCGACGGGAGGUUCGAGAUCGUCUCCCUGGUCGGCACGCUGAACCCGGAUGCCCACCUCCACAUCAGCCUGUCGGACAUCGAGGGUAAGACGACCGGAGGUCACGUGCUGGGAGGUCUGGAGGUGUUCACCACAGCCGAGGUGGUCAUCGGCGAGGCGGUCGACCUGAAGUUCACCAGAGAGAUGGACGGACGGACGGGCUUCCCUGAGCUCGUGGUCCAAGCUCGCUCACAGAGCAAAGACGACUGAAAGUUGGUGGAUUCAAAUUUCAAACGAACCUGAGAUGGUGAUUGUUGGAACAACGCAGUCGAAAAUAAAAAAUGUCUGUAAUGUCUGAUCUUUAAAACUUUUUAUCUGGAAUGUUUUGCUCUGAUAUCAACUGGCAGUAAAUGUUUAAAACUUUAAGAAAGUCCUGCGUCGCGUCCACGCAUUUGAAUCUUUCAGUGUUCAAAAUCUUUUCAUCGUUUCUCCCUCCAGACUUUGUUCACAUGCUCAGAUUCUUCUGCAUGUGGAAAUCUGCUCCGUACUUCAUUUGUUUUGCGCUUUUGAACCGGACUGCGAUGGAGCCGGUGGGGUUUGAAACAUUGACUAGAACGGCUGCGUAUCACUGUGAGACAGUCACAGCUCGGUUUGAUUUGUCACAAUCCGUUCAGUCACGUAGGACUGCGUAACGUGCACGUAACCAUUCAGACAGCGUGCAGACUUUUCACACAUGGACUGAUCAUUAUUUUCAUUGUGACGUUCACGUGUGAGAUGUUUCACCAUCACUGCUCAGACAGACUGUGGACACACACACACACACACACACACACAGUUGUCCUGAGCCCCAGCAGCCAAUAGGACGGUCUCUGCGGGGGUCGCAGCUCUCUGCUAAUAGAUGUAAAACUGCCGGAUUAGCCGUGACCUCGGCUCGGUCACGGCCGCCGCCGCGAAGAAAGGAAGGCCUCUGUCGCCGUGUGGCGGGCGGGCGGGUCGGAGGGAGGCGGAGAGUGUUGACAACCUUCAGAUGGAUCCAGUUCAUGGAGUUUAACUGGACCUCAGGCCGACUGAUGACAUGUUUCCUUCAUGACCAUGAACACUAGAGCCACAAUGUGGAUUCAUCCACCGCUGAAAAUAGUCCCCAAUAAAUGUUAAUAAACUCU